AUGGCCUUGGUGCGGCGCCACGCGCCCUCGUUCGCCUUCUGGUGCGGCCCCGCCUGCUUCGUCGUCACCGCGCACCCCCUGGACUACGAGGCGGUGCUCACCAGCCGCAGGUUCAACGACAAGUCCUCGUGGUACCCGAUGCUGCGCGCGGCCCUGGGCAGGGGGCUCAUCGUGCUGAGCGGCGAGCCGUGGCGCCGACACCGCAAGGCCGUGGCGCCGUCCCUGCACCAGCGGGUGCUCGCGCAGAACGUGCAGGUCUUCCACCGCAAGGCGCGGGAUGUGUCCGACGAGCUGCUGGGGCCCGCCGCCGCCACCGGCGCCCCGCUGGACAUCAAGGGCUUCUGCGACCUGGUGUCCAUGGACGCCGUGUGCGAGACCAUCCUCUCGGCGGACUUGUCCGACGACCGCGACGCCCUCAAGAGCUUCGUGGACGCCAAGAACGACUCGUGCGCCCUGGUGGCGCGCCGCGUGUGCAGGCCCUGGCUCCUCUUGGACCUGGUGUACGCCCUGACCGCGGAGGAGCGCGAGGCGCGGCGCAUCGAGGCGCUCACGGACCGCUUCGUGGACGAGGUCAUCAGACGCAAGAGGGCCGAGCGGCGGGACGAGGGGCACGCCGACAGGCAGCGGUCCUUCCUGCAGCACGUCCUGGCGGACUCGGCCGCGGCGUCCCUGCUGUCCGACGAGGAGCUCCGCGAGGAGGCCAAGGCCAUGGUCAUCGCCGGCGAGGGCACGGUCGCCAACGCGCUCAGCUUCACGCUCCUCAUGCUGGCCAUGCACCCCGACGUGCAGCAGGCCGUGCAGCAGGAGCUGCAGGACGUGUUCGGCGAGGACCCCGGCCGCGGCGUCACGGAGCACGACCUGCCGCACCUGGAGCUGCUGGAGCGCGUCGUCCUGGAGACGCUGCGCCUGUUCCCGCUGGUGGCCGUGUUCCUCCGCCACGUCGCCGAGGACACGGCGCUGCCGAACUUCCACAUGCACCGCGACCCCGCCUGGUACCCCGACCCGCUGCGCUUCGACCCCGACAGGUUCCUGCCGGACCAAGUCCGCGGCCGGCCCCCGCUCAGCUUCGCGGCCUUCAGCGCGGGCCCGCGGUCGUGCAUCGGCCAGCGCUACGCCAUCAUGUACCUCAAGACGGUGCUGAGCACGGUGCUGCGGCGCUACGAGGUGCACCGCGCGCCGGGCGACACCCGCACCGUGGCCGACCUGCCCGUCGAGAUCGGCGUCAUCCUCAGCCUGGACGGCGGCUUCCCCGUCACAGUGUCCCGCCGGCGCGAGACCGCAACGACGAGGAGUGCCGAGUCCGACGCUCAUUUGGAAACAAUAAAUAAAUGA